CCCCGUUCCCGGCGGAUGAAGAAGAAGGAGAAGAAGGCGGACGAGAAACGGCCCCGGACGGCCUUCACGGCAGACCAGCUGGCGCGGCUCAAGCAGGAGUUCACGGAGAACCGCUACCUGACCGAGAAGCGGCGCCAGGACCUGGCCCGGGAGCUGAAACUCAACGAGUCCCAGAUCAAGAUCUGGUUCCAGAACAAGCGCGCCAAGAUCAAGAAGGCGAGCGGACAGCGCAACCCGCUGGCCCUCCAGCUCAUGGCCCAGGGGCUCUACAAUCACACCACGGCCUCGCAGCAGGGCAUGGGGGACGACGAUGACAACUCGUCCUCGUGA